CUUCUCUUUUGCAAACACAAACACACACACACACACAGAAAGAAGACGAUGAGAGAAAGUAUAGGGGAGAAAUCAGGGAUCAGCGAAUCAGUGAUCAUAAAAGCUUCUUCUUUAUCAAUCAAAUCACACAAAUCCAACGGCUAUAUCAAGGAAUCCGGUCCCGAUGAAACCAUUUUCGCCUUCACCGGAUCAUGGUCCGUUCAAGAUUUUUACAGCCGGGACCCGUUUGGCGAAACCAAGAUCGAUCUUUCACACUUUCCAUCACUAAAAAGCAUCGGAAACAACGAACUCGCCAAAAUCAAUCAAGGAUUCUUCCAAAGAUUCCAAUCCCUCUUUCAAACACCAUCUUUCAAGUCUGAGGUAGAGAGAGCGGUGAAGAAAGAGAAACCCAUAAUCUUCACCGGACAUUCUUCCGGCGGUCCCGUGGCCAUACUGGCGGCGGUUUGGUACCUUGAGAAAUACACGCGAUCCAACGGUCGGCCGCCCUGUAAAUGUUUAACUUUCGGGUCACCUCUCGUAGGUGACCGAAUAUUCACACACGCCUUAAAUCGAGAAAAUUGGGCGCGUUUCUUCCUCUAUUUUGUCGGGAGGUACGACAUUGUUCCUAGGAUAACACUCGCCCCGUUCUCCUCCCUCAAAAACGAAUUCGGUCACAUUCUCGAUUUCUUCAAUCCCAAAUCCAGAAACUUCCGGAAGCAUUCAAUUCCGGGGUCACAAGAAGCUUUGACUUUUUACAAAACGGUUUUAAAGAAUUCAUCGUCUGUUGCGAGUCAUGCUGCUUGUAAUCUCAUGGGAAGUACAAACUCAUUACUUGAAGUGAUCUCGAGUUUUGUUGAGCUUAGUCCUUACAGACCUUCCGGAACGUAUGUUUUUUGUAGCGGGAAUGGGAAAUUGAUUUGUGUUUCGAAUCCGAAUGCAGUUCUUCAGAUUCUGUUUUAUUGUUGCCAGCCUGGCAGUGAAGCGGAAGUUAUGGAUGCAGUAAGUAGAAGCUUAAACAUGGAUUAUAAUGAUGAAUUGGAAGAGAGCUUAUUAGGGAUGCAAGAUGUUGUGUACCUUGAUGAUGAUAUGGAGAUUCCAAUGUCUUCCAAUGAUAAUGGUUCUGGUGACACUGACACGGCUACCAUAAACGCAGCUUUAAAGGACCUUGGUCUGAGCACAAGGGCAAGGCUAUGUCUUCAAGCAGCACAAGCGUUUGAAAAGCAAAAGCUACAAAACCAAAAUACAAUUGAUUCCAAGAAACCCCAGAUCAGGAAAACACUCAAGAUAAUAGCUGACUACCAAAAAACGAGUGAAGACCGAAAGAUUGGUUAUUAUGAUGCUUUCAAGAUUCAAAAGGGUAAUGAUGACUUCAAUGCAAAUGUAACAAGGCUAGAACUAGCAGGUAUAUGGGAUGAGAUUGUGGAGAUGUUGAAACGUUAUGAACUCCCGGAUGGAUUUGAGAGUGAGGAAGAGUGGAUCAAGUUAGGAACCGAGUUCAGGAGACUGGUGGAGCCAUUAGACAUAGCUAAUUACUAUAGGCACUCAAAGGAUGAAGACACCGGGACUUAUUUGAGAGAUGGGGGUAGACCAAAGCGUUAUAAGUACACUCAAAGAUGGUGGGAGCAUGAAAAGAAGUUGAAUGAAGGGUCGAGCUCAGAGACCAUUUUUUGGGCAAAAGUAGAGGAGAUGAAAAGGAAACCAUUUGAAGAGAUAAAGGACCAAAUUGUUGCUAUGGAGAAACAAGUCAAAGAAUGGGUUCAGAAAGAAGAACUGAACAAGGAUGUGUUCCUGGAAAAAUCUACUUUUGUUAAAUGGUGGAAAACGCUCCCUGAGAAGCAUAGAUCGGAAUCUUGCCUGAAAUUUCACUUCCAGAAUUCCACAUAGUGAAAACAAACAUGUUUUAUAAAGAAAGAGGACCACUUCCAUCUACAAUAAGCAAGUAAUAGUUAUCUUGUGUACCCUACCCCUAUCCCUACCCUGUAAUGGUGUCUAUGUCAUUUGUCAUGUAUCUCUUUCGUUCCAAUAAAUACAUUCAUCCAC